GUGAGGGAGGGUAGACUGGAGGAGUUGUUGACACACGACUGUCUCUAAACUAAACUACGGGUAUUACAGGAGCCGCUGUUCAUGGAGAUCUGGACACUUCUAUGCCUGGCUCAUAUAUCACAGGUAACACUGAUUUAUAAUUAAAAACAACAUACCCUUAACUAUUAUGUAUGUCAGCAUUUUCCAAACUCAGUCCUGGGGACCCCAAGCGGUGUACAUUUUUGUUUUUGCCCUAGCACUACACAGCUGAUUCAAAUGGUCAACUCAUCAUUAAGCUUUGACUAUUUGAAUCAGCUGUGUAGUGCUAGGGCAAAAACAAAAAUGUGCAUCCCUUGGGGUCCCCAGGACAGAGUCUGGGAAACGCUGCUGUAUGUGUAGUUUUGUAUGUGUUUACUAUUUUCUGUCUAGCUAGCUAAUCUAGUUUAUGUAGUUCAUGGGACUUUUCAAAACGUUAUUUGCUUUUACGUAUAUGGAAUGCUGAUUAUAAUAUACUUUUUUGGGCAGUAAUAGAGGUGAGAGAGAUAUUUUGUGUAAAGUAUGUAGUGAUCAAUGCAUCUGGUAAAUGCUAUGUUAAAAGGUUAGCCCAUCUAGAUCAAAGACUCCUCAUCUUAUGGAAACAUAGAACGGGGUGGCCAACUCUUGACUAGAUUGUACCACGAUUAGUUGCUUAUUUGACUUGGGUGUGUUAGUUCAGGGUUUCACAUUCCUGACCCAGAAUGUAGUUUAUGGACCCAGAGAGCCAAUGACCCAAACUGUGGAUUUGCAGUAUCUAUUGAAUAGCAUUAGCUAGCAUUGUUGAGGUCAGGCAGUGGGAGUGGUAGGUAGGACCCCUGUUAGUAUGCUCCAGAUAUCAAGCCAAAACCAACUCUUAAGUUACUGCAAACCAGAUGGUAUAACAGCACAGUAUCUUAAAAACAUUACUGUCUAAAGGUAUCACAUUGCAAUUGUUUGGAAUUUAGCUUUUAUCGCUCCACUGUGGAGUUAGUAAAUCAACAAUAUGGUCAUGGCAGCAUACCCAGAUAACUUAGGACAUUGUUUUGGAACAUUCUGAACCUCAGUCUGGGCCUAGGCCUGAUACUGUAAUUAUGUGAUAAAUGUAAUUAUUGAAUGUUAUCUACUGUGUAUUAUUAUAGCUGCCCUGCAGGAAUUGAAGCCACUAAUGACGACCCCAGCGAUGGAGAAGGAGGCGAAGCCUGUAGAGAAAGGGGCUACUCUUACAUCCCGUCUCUCCAGAGCACUCGAUCUCCUCACUGGGGACAUGCGUGUGUAUGGAGAAUGGAUCAAAAGUAAGGCGUUCAAUAUAUUAAAAUAUAUUAUAAUAAAGUAAAUAAAUAAAAAUCAGGGCCUUAAAGUCCCAUGCAUUGCUGGGUCAUGUUAAGUAAGGCACACGGUAGAAAAACGUUUUGCAGUGGGAAACGUAAAUCUGUGUUCUUAUUGGACACGUUUAGGUAGUCCCUCCCUGUUUUACUCUGUUUCAAACAUUUACUCCUCACUGAACAUGACCCAUGUUUUCAUCCUUAUCCUCUAAUCAGAGACUGAUUCAGAGAGUGGACCCAAUGGUCAAUCAAUGACUGCCUGUCUGUCUCUCUGUUGCAGAGCAGGUUGUGGUGGUCCAGGUGGUGGACUGGGUCCUACGUGGGGUGGCCCAGGUCAUGUUUGUCAACAACCCCCUCAGUGGGCUGCUCAUCACGUUUGGCCUGGUGCUGCAGAACCCCUGGUGGGGCCUGAACGGACUGCUAGGAUCCCUCGCUUCCACACUGUCUGCACUCCUGAUUGGACAAAACAGGUAAGCCUAUGGCAAGACCAGUAAUCUACUUCCUAUCAUAAGUUGAAUGCACCAAUUUGUAAGUCGCUCUGGAUAAGAGCGUCUGCUAAAUGAUGUAAAUGUAAAUUUAUUAGGCCUAAUAUGGAUAUCCCUGGCAGAAGUCUCACACAGCCAGAGGGGUAUGCUGCAUAGCAGGAUCAAUGAGUUAGUCUUUUGCUUUUUUAGAAGGAUAAGCUUGAAAUGGGCAUGGUCUAACUCAACAACCGAAAAAGAUCUAAGUAUAGCUUUCUUAAUGAACCAGAUGUUUAUCAAAGUUAGUUGGCUAACUCAUAGAUCCUGGUUUGUAGUAUACCCCUCAGGAGUUGUAAUCUUGAAUAUGCUUUGCACACUAAGGUUGGUGUGGGGAAGUCUGCUUGUCUCAGUUUGAAACUCACACUAGCUGUAUCAAUAUCUCGAAAUACCUCCCACUCACUUGGUCUUUUUUGCACCCAACAUUUCUCAAUAUCAUUGUAUUUCUUUGUAGCUGUAUCUUUUCUGAUUUGUUUGUGCUUUCUGUACUUCAGGGGGGCCAUAUCUGCUGGUUUAUAUGGCUACAAUGGGACCCUGGUUGGAAUGCUGAUGUGUGUCUUCUCAGCCAAAGGGGACUGGUACUGGUGGCUUCUGCUCCCUAAUAUGUUCACGUCCAUGUUAUGGUAUGUUACAGUAAGAAUGUAAGGGAGAGUGGGGUAAGUUGAGCCAUUUUUUUUACAUUCAGCAUCACUCCGUCAAGGGAAAUAUAGGAUUCUAUCAAAAAUAUCUACAUAUAUUUCAGGAUGUUGUGUAUCCCUGGAAAUAAUCAGAAUUCAUGUAAACAUUCCAGUUUUGAAAACGUAGCUUGUCCAAAAAAAAGUGGUCUCUUGGCACAACUUACCCCAGGUAUGGGACAGGGUACUUUAAGUUAAGCCGCCUACACAUUUCUGUACUGAAUGAAAUAUUACCACUACUUUUUUUAAACCAUGUCUAUCUUUAUUUACCAAACACAAUUCAUUUACAUUUACAUUUUAGUCAUUUAGCAGACGCUCUUAUUCAGAGCGACUUACAGUUAGUGAGUGCAUACAUUAUUUUUUAUUUUUUCAUACUGGCCCCCCGUGGGAAACAAACCCACAACCCUGCUCUACCAACAUCCCUGCCGGCCAUUCCCUCCCCUACCCUGGACGACGCUGGGCCAAUUGUGCGCCGCCCCAUGGGUCUCCCGGUCGCGGCCGGCUACGACAGAGCCUGGAUUUGAACCAGGAUCUCUAGUGGCACAUUACAUAAUAAAUACAUAAUAGUAUAAUCAGCAUAGAAAUUAAGUUUACCAUUUAACAGAUUGACCAAUGGUGUUUAUAUAAAUAGUGAAGAGAACAGGUCGCAAAAUUGACCCCUGUGGUACACCUUCAUGUAGUUCAAGAAAUUCAGAUUUAACCCCAUCAAUCAUGAUGGCCUGAGUUCUGUCACUAAUAUAAUCAUGAAACCAUGGAACAGUCAAUGCUCAGGCCUAUCGUGGACAACUUAUUCAAUAAAAUAGCAUGAUCAACAGUAUCAAAAGCUUUAGACAGAUCCACAAACAAAGCAGCACAUUUAAUUUGUGUCUAAAGCAUUGACAAGAUCAUUAACAACUAAAGUGGUUGCUGUAAUAGUGCUAUGCCCAGGCCUAAACCCUGGUUGGUUUACAUUCAGAAUACAUUUCUCAGAUAAAAAAGAGCAAAGUUGUACAUUUACCAAGGAUUCAAGAAUCCUAGCUAGACAAGGAAGCCUUGAAAUGGGGUGAUAAUUAUUAAGAUCACUACUAUCCCCACCCUUAUGGAGUGGUAGCACAAGGAUUUCCAAACUUUUUGAAUAUUUCCUGAUAACUAUGUUAAAUAAAAAAGUUGGGUUAUUGAGCCAACAAUGAUGGGCACUGCACAGUUACGUAGACCAGGAUCAAAUUGGUCGGCCCCUGUGAAUUUCUUGUUGUCUAUUACUAGCAAAUCAUCUAUGACUUAUUUUUCUGUAAAUAGCCUAGAAGAAAAGCUUUGACUAUCAUUUCUCUGAUCAUUCAGCAAGUUUCAACCCAAUAUCAUUGUGAAUAGGCUUAGAAGUUAUUUGGAAUAAAAUGGUGAUUAAAUGCAUCAAUGAUGGCAUUUUUUUCUGUAAUGAGGCCAGUGUCUGAAUUAAUUUGUUGUGGCAGAGAAGAGGAAGUAGAACCCUUCAGGGAUUUGACAGUUUUCCAGAAUUUGCCAGGUUCUCAUUACAAUCCAAAAGAGCGGUUACAUAAUAAUCAGAUUUUGCCUUUCUGAUUUGUCUUACAUAUCUGCAAAAUGUCUCAAAGCUAAAUCAGUUUCAGGGAUAGCUGAAAUACAAUGAAGGUCACUAAAAUAAAGAUCAUGAAAAAAUAAUAAUUUUUAAAAGCCUGUUCACUGAAGUUUUUAAAGUUCCUCUUUGUGAUGACUGGUUCUCUGUAGCUCAGCUGGUAGAGCACGGCGCUUGUAACGCCAGGGUAGUGGGUUCGAUCCCCGGGACCACCCAUACACAAAAAUGUAUGCACGCAUGACUGUAAGUCGCUUUGGAUAAAAGCGUCUGCUAAAUGGCAUAUUAUUAUUAUUAUAAUGACAUGAGGAUAAUAUUUUUGUAUUCUCACAUCUCUAACACAAACAACUGGACAAUGGUCACUAAUGUCUUGGGCAAAUACACCAGUAGAAACAUAUUUCUCUGGUGUAUUUGUUAAAAUAAAGUCAAUCAGAGUUGACUUCGAAGGUUCUUCGGGUUGGGGCGUGUAGGGUCAGUCACCAGCUGGGUUAGGUUUAGAUCAUUACAUGGCUUUUAGAUUGUCUGAAGCCUGCAUUUCCCAAUCAUAAUUUAGGUCACCCAGGAUAACUUCUGAUUUUAAUAAAAGCAGACAAAAAAAUGGGUUAACUCCUCGAGUGCACAAAGGUUAGCCGAGGGAGGACAGUAGACCCCUAUAACCGUUAUGGAUACAUUUUUCCCUACACAAAGCCUUAAAAAUAGUAGCUAACAUUUUUGGGCAAGGGAAAUGGAUUUCAGGGAAGAGACCGACAUUGUUUUUAAUAUGAAUGGCCACUCCACCACCUCUACCCUGUCUGUAAGCUCUGAACACAUUAUAACCCUCAAUAUUAAUAUCAGAGUCCAGAAUGUCCCCAGAGAUCCACGUUUCAGUCAAUACCAGAAUGUCUGGAUUCGUCUGCAUAGCCCAGAUCAUGAUGUAAUCCAGUUUAGGUAGUAAGCUGCUAAUGUUCAAAUGCAUCUACCCAAGUCAUUUACGAUUUUUAAAGUCACAUUGAGUCUCCAACUCAAAGAAGCUACGUUCAAUAGUUGGUUGCAGGCCCUGUCUGAUGGUUGAUAUAGUUGGUAUGGCUAUAAGAUUGCAUAGAACUGCACCAUUUGGUCUAUCCCUAUUAGUAAUAGAGGAAGGAGUAGAAAUUGGAAUUACUUUUCUAAGAUUAGCACCAUAGGGCCUAAGGCUGCAUCCAAUACCAGAGAAAACCAAUGAUGGAAUGUUAAACUGACUUUACAUGGGAUUUGGUUGCUAUAGUGCAACAGCCCAAGCCCUCUAUGGGAUUUGAAAACCGAGGGGGUAUUCAAGUUUAUGGAAUUCAUAUUUGAACUAAAAGCACUGGGUGAGCAGACCACAGUGGACUUUCUCUUUUGAGAUAACAAUAGCAGAUCUAAGAGUACGAAUGGGUACAAGACUACAACUAACAACACCCCUGGCAGUAUAGACAACAGUACGAUGAUAACACUUAGAAAGGAUGGGAGGUAUUACCUGAGCGGGGCUUGGUCUGUCCCUGAGUCAAUAUCUUAACGCGGCCUUGAAAUGUGAAGAGAGGGUCCAGGCUCCUAGAUGGUUUGGGUGGAGGCCAUCAUCUCUGUAGAGCAUCUUUUGUUUCCAAAAGGUGUCAAUUGUCAAUAAGAGUUAUGCCAACAGAGUGGCAGUAGUCUUUAAGCCAGAUAUGAAGUGCUAAGAGAUAAUCGGCUGCUUUUCAGAACCUUUCAGGGUGUUGAUCAGCUCAAUAAAAUCCUUUCAUUAGCUCUGAUUUACCCUUUUUUAUAUAAUUUGAACACAAAAAAAUAUAUUUACAUCUCACAAAAGUAGUGCACUGGGCCUUUACUAGUCUUGUAGGGGUCUCUGCAGGGCAGCCCUGGCCAGUCAGUCGGAGAGUGACGACACGGUGGCGAGGCAGUGGCACAACGACCAGGCUGAGGAGUAGAAAAGGAAAAGCUCUUAGUAUGGUACCUAUCCAGGAUAACUUCAAUGACUCAAUUUGCUAACUCUGGAUGUCGAGCUCAUACAUAUAUUCCUCAAUAAGCUGACAGUUUCCACAUUGGAAAUUUGUCCGGUCAAUAUUAUCCCGGAACAGUGCAAAAUAGGUGCAGCUCCUACAUUGGAUGAAACGAUCAACGAUGUCUCUGAAGGUGGUAGCCGCCAAUCUGGAAAAAGUAAGUUUCCCCGUAUGGCGGAAAGUAGUAGAUGCCAUUUUGGAAAAAGUCAAAAUCCACACAAAUAAAAUAGGUUGGCGAAGAAUCAGCUAAAAGUCAAUCAAUCCACACAGUGUGAUAGUUAGUUAGAUUAAAUCACACAAUUUGUAGGAUCACCACAGUUAUAGGCAAGCCAGAACCCAACCACAGACUAGAAACCAUCCAGCACUAGGACCCACAAUAAACACAACCAAGGCACAAAACUGGCCAGCAUUACAACAGCAAGGAGAGAGCGGUGACUUACUCAAUGCUGGAGCCCAUCAAAACAGCAAUGCAACGGAGGCUGCUUUACUAGUGUGAUAGCCAGGAGAGAAGCACCUUGGAGGGGAUGUAGUUUCCGGUACAGGCCGGUGGAAGACUGGAGGGAGGCAAGCACUACACCGGGCCACGGGAGAGUCAAAGAGUAAAUCCAAGUAGGCUAAACCAAGUGGAGUUCAAGUUUGGCAGUAGUUCAAAAACAUCCAAGGCACAAUGUAAAGUGGAAAGAUGAAAACAGCAGUAGGCAGGUAUCCGCUCAGAUAAUGCCCCAGAGCAGGCCCCAGUGCAGAGUAGGGUGCCCAGGUAUAUCCAAGUAGGCCUCAAAAGUUUCAGCAGACCUGUUUUGUAUGUCUCCUUAAAAACGCUGUAUACAAUAUUGCACUAUUGUCCAAUGUGUUCACAGCCAGCUGAAACUCAAAUUGAAUUCAACUGAAACACCCUAACUUCUAAAUAAUGACCCAACCCUCCAUUUCAUUGUAUAAUCAUUUUCUUUUUUCCUCUACCUGAUUACGAUCAUAUUUCAAGCUUCUUGUUGUGUGUUCUUCACUUCCUGUUCCUGUGCAGUCCGAUAGUCUCCAGUGCCCUGGGCUCAGUGUUCAGCAAAUGGGACCUCCCUGUGUUCACUCUACCGUUCAACAUCCUUAUGUGUUUGCACAUGGCUGCCAUGGGGUCUAACCACCCCUACUUUCCAGAGGUAGGCCCAAAAUACACACACAGAGGUACAGUGCCUUCGGAAAGUAUUCAGACCCUUGGGGUGAAUAUUUUAGCAAGCCACUGUAAUUGCUACCAAAUGUGCUUCACCAAAGUACUGAGUAAAGGGUCUGAAUACUUAUGUAAAUGUAAUAUUUUCAGUUAAUUUUUUAUAAAUUAGCAAGAAUUUAUAAAAAAGAAAAAACUGUCUUUGCUUUGUCAUUUGGGGUAUUGUUUGUAGAUUGAGGGGGGGAAAAACAAUUUAAUCAAUUUUAGAAUAAGGCUGUAACCUAACAAUGUGGAAAAAGUCAAGGGGUCUGAAUACUUUCUGAAGGCACUCACACACACUUAAAUACCACGCACACAUCUCCCAAUAUCCUAAUACCCCCAGUUUCUACUUUCCCCAGGUGCUAAUCCAGCCAAAGUCCUCCCUACAUCUGAACUCCACCUUGGCAGAACCAAGCAUACCUCAGGUAGGACAGUACCCUGUAUGGUGUCCAUAUUAGGACAGCCUCCAAGUCACAACACUGUAACCUUGUGUGUUUCUAAACAACCUCUCCAACAUAUUCUAGAUGAUUCUGUCACUUCAACGACUAACAAACAAAAAUAGGUCAAACACAUAAUCCUCACGGAUAUAGUCCAAAGAAACAAUUUCACUGAACUUUCCAAGAGCAGGAAAUUAGAUUUCUAACAAGAGUGUAUUGAGUGGAUGUAGGAAUAUGGUAGCUUAGCCUGUGGUGAUAGCUUAGCCUGGUAGCCAGACCUGCUUCUGUUUUAGCCAACAAUGUGGCCCUGUUUGGCAAGACAACAAAGUCACCACAGAUUAAUUGGCUGGAGUUUAAAGUAGAUCUGGCAACCGGGCUAGGGAAGACCAUGAGGUAGAAGUGACUAGUAACCACAGAUCUAGGAUCAGAUUACCUUACUCCCAAUCCUAACCCAAAGUGAGGAAGGGAAAUAGAUCUUACCCAGGAUCAGUGGUUAGUGAUAGCCUGCUUGUUGGUUACUUCCUGGUGCAGCUCUUGGUGGCGGUGCCAGUUGGCGUGGGUCAGGUGUACGGCUGUGACUGCCCCUGGAUCGGAGGAAUCUUCAUCGUAGCCCUGCUGCUCUCCUCCCCAACCAUCUGCAUGCAUGCUGUACUGGGCUCUAUUAUUGGCGUAGUGUCCGGUAAGAGACUUCCUCUCAGAGAAUUGUGUACACCUGACCUCUAACCCCAUAACAUACUGUGGAAGUACUGAUUGGGAUACAAAACACAUUUGGUUUUAAUGGCUAUACUGAUUAACAAUACCAAUGGACAUGCUCUUUAGAGAUAUAACCUAUAAUGGUAUAAUAAGUUGCAUCACAGAACACAAUAGGAGCUGUACUUUUUUUUUAUCCACUGUGGGAUCAAAAUGUUGUCUUACGCGUGCGUCUCAAUAAAUAACUGGGGAGCAUAACAGUUGCAAACAUUACUUUUUCAUGUACACCGAAUUAGAAACAUCGGAAGUAUGCGAUUGUUCUAGUGUUCAUUAGUCAAUUUUGAAGUUAAAUUCAACAUUUCCCAAACUGAUUUGUUGUGCAACAUCAUGAAGCAAAAUAAUGCAGAUGUCAGAAAUAUAUUUGCAAUUAUUUCAUCACAGGCUAUAUUUGGGGCCAGGAGUUUAACUAGGUACUAGGGCCAAGAGCUUUUCCUGGUCAAAUCACAUGGCCAGGGAAAUCUGGACUUAGCUGGAUUGUAUGUCCUGUUCGAUUAUAGGUCUUGCUCUGGCUGCUCCUCUUGAGGACAUCUACUCAGGACUGUGGGGCUACAACAGUUGUCUAUCCUGCAUCGCUAUUGGAGGGGUGUUCUAUGCACUGACAUGGCAGAGUCAUCUACUGGCUAUUACCUGUGGUAUGUUCAUAAACAACACCUUCACCUUACUCAAUACUGUCAGACAAGCAGUCUACUUCAUUACCGCCCAUUCUAUGAAGCCAAUUGUUGUUUUUCUACUUUCAGCCUUUUUCUGUACAUACAUAAGUUCGGCCAUCUCAAAUCUGAUGCCCAUAGUAAGUACUUACGUUUUUUAUUUUAUUCUUUGUCAACAUGUAAUGUACUGCUGCCACUAAUUUGAAUGCUGUGUACUUGUCUAAUAAGUCAAACAAAAAUGCAUUUCAGCCUAUAAAAAGUGAAUAUUAUUGAUUAGUUAGUCUUCCGGUAACUUAUUUUAUGUUGAGAGCUUUUGGUUACAUAAUGCAGUACAAGCAGCCGACCCCAUACCAUAAUUAGCUGCAGUUGGUACUUCUGAAUUAAUGUAUGAAACGUUCUUACCUAACCAGGGCAAUUGUCUGAAGUGUCAGUGAGUCUGUUACAUCACCCAGUAGACAAUCAACAAUACCUAGGGCCGUACGUAUCAAGCAUCUCAGAGUAGGAGUGCCAGGUAGAUGACAGGUCCCGUCUGUCCAUGUAAUCUUAUUCAUUGGGAUGUAAAAUACAGAAAUAAUCCAAAUAAGAAUUAUUAUUCUGAGAUGCUUGAUGCAUAUGGCCCCUGAUCUGGAAUCUCUUAACUCUCCAUCCACCAUAUCACCUGUUGUUUUCAGUUUGGGCUACCAGCAUGCACCUGGCCUUUCUGCCUGUCCGCCCUCACCUUCCUCCUCAUCACCACGGAAACCAGAGCCAUCCACAGACUGCCUCUGUCGGCCGUGACGUACCCGGAGGAGAACAGGCGCUACUACAGAGAGAGGAGAGGCUCUAUGAAAGUUGAAGAUCACCAGGAGGAUCAGCAGAACAUCAGUAAAGAGGAGAAACUGCUGGAGGAGAGAGAAGAGAUAAGGCCUCAGAUCAGCCUGUCAGUAGAGUAG